AGCGUGAAUGUAACAAACACGAGCAUAACUCAACAGCUGAUCAUGUCAGUCACAACACUCAACCACUGGAGUGCCGUAUGCGUGGCACUGUGUCUUCCUGUUCUUGGUGUGGUACCUAUGGAGAUCUCGACACAGACAAGUAAAGGAUGUUAUGGUACUUUUGGCCUUCCCUGUACUAAACAUGACAUCAGCUGCAACAGCACCCAGAAGAUCGCCAUCUAUGACGCCUACUACACUGGCAAUACAGAGUGUGGUGCAGGUCUCUCCAGUUGCACAGUGAACCCAGACAAUGUGACAGAACAUGGAAGUAACAUGAACAGGUUCAACAACACUGAACUGGUCUCCCUCUACAACAAAUGCUCUACAGAGACUCAGUGUGUGUAUCCUGCUCCCCGGCGUAGUGCAGCUCUUACAUUCUCUAUUGUCAAAUAUCAGUGUUUUGAAAGAGAUUCCAUUGUAAACAUCAGUACAGCCUCAGGACAGAAUGCUUCUGACAUCACAGUUGUCUACAAGCAAAGUGGCUCAACUCAUCUAGCUAAGAUGAAAGAUUAUAAAUACACAUGUAUGAUUCAGUCACUAAUGCCUGUAAACAUUACCGCUCUUGAUAUACGUCUUGGUCCCGUGGAUGAAAGUCAAAAUUGUUCCCGCCUGACCAUUGUAGCACGCACGUAUGACUGCGUCGAGAUACAGCACUACAGACAGCUCCAGAUAAAACAUGCAUGUGAUGGUGUACAGCUCCAAAAAAAACAAGCAUGUGUAUUUAUAACACUCGACGUCCAACAAGGAACGCAUACAAUUGUCUGGCUUCGAAUCAAGUCUAUCAGCACUUUCUUUAUCAGCUGUAAUAUGAAAGGUUUGACAAGAAGACCUCACCCCAACUCCAACCCCGACACAACCAGUGUUAUUUCAGGAGCUGUUGUGGGCAUACUUCUAUGUGUAGCAGCAGUUGUCAUAUUUAUAUGGUUUUGGAGAAACAGAAAUGAUAAAAAGCCUAUCCGAAGAACCCCAAGGAAGACAACCCCAGAUGGACAAGCAAACACAUCAUACCCGCCAGCGGACAGUGCUCAACAGGGCAACUAUGAUGAAAUUGACGACUUGCGGCAACAUCUUGCGAGUAAUUAUGAUUAUGUAACUGCCAAUGAUGUGAUAAAUUCGAAUGCAUAUUUCAUUCUCGAAUCUGGGGAACAUCCCUUCAGAAGCAAUGAAGGAUCAAACAAAGAAGAUGACUACAACCAUAUGCGGGAUGGAUUAUCUAGGAGUCCCCCAGCUGGAAAUUAUGACACUACAGCCUCAGCAGAGAAAUCCUUGCAGGUAGCGGGUGACAUUCAAGAUGAAAAUGCCUAUGAUCAUCUGAAACAAGCGACACCCACUGAAAAAGUCAGCAACGACUAUGAUGUAACAGAGAAACAUGUGAAACUGAACUAGUAUAACAAGAUGGAAGAUCAGUUUUAAGGUUCUAGUUCUUUUCAGAAACAAACUCCUGCCAAUUGCACAGGUGUGUCAUCUUUAGUGCUAAUACAAUACAUCUAGAGCGUGUGUGGCUAUACGGCUGAUGGGCUAGAUCAAUAUAAGGCGAUUCGAUAAAUGCUGAUUAUGCGUUUCAAUGAUGGUUAUAUACAUUUAAGCAAGUAAGUUUCAGAUAUUGUAUACUGCUUUAAUAAAUAUAUCACCUUCGACUUAAGAGUGA